AUGCGUACCAUUCAAUACAUCGUAAUAAUUGGAAUAUUAUCAGCUGUAAUUGUUGAUGGUCGAAGAUCUGGCUCAAGCGCACGUUACACAUCUCGCGGGGGUUCUUCUGUAAGGACAGGUUCAAGCGGAGGUUCAUCGUGUAAUGCAGACUCAUGUGCAUACAUUGGUAUUAUAGUUGGAUGUAUAGGUGGAGCAAUCCUACUCGGUGGUGUUAUUCUACUAGUCUACUUCAAACGUGACAAAAUCCCUAUAUGUAAACCAUUACGUUACAAUUAG